GACCCCAUGCAUGCUCGCACUUUGUCGCGGCGCGUUGCUUUUGUAAACUAAGCACGUGUUUUUAUUUCAAACUCCUCUUAAAAGUUAUUUUUCGUGAAAAUGGGCAAAGUAAAACAAGAACCGGUAGAACAAGAGGACAUGGACACCAGUGUGAAGACGGAACCUCAAAGUUACGACGAUAAGGUGGACCACUGUAGCGUCAUUGCAAAGCCUAUGGCGCCGAAGAAAUUGAGCAAGAAAAUAUACAAGCUCAUCAAGAAAUCCAGUGGACAUAAAAAUUACAUUAGGAACGGACUUAAAAUUGUGCAAAAGCAACUACGUCUUGGUGAAAAAGGUAUGGUCUUCUUUGCCGGCGACAUAUCUCCAAUCGAGAUCAUGUGCCACCUCCCCGCCGUCUGCGAAGAGAAGGACGUCCCGUACUGCUACACCCCGAGCCGCAAGGACAUCGGAGCUGCCAUGGGCACCAUGCGUGGCUGCAUCAUGGUACUCGUGAAGGAGCAUGAGGAAUACAAGGACUUGUACGAUGAAGUGAAGAGUGAGAUAAAACUGCUUGGACAUCCAUUAUAAAUAGUGCUAGUUUAGGUUAGGUUAAGGAAAUAUAUGUUUUAAUGACA